AUGCUCGUAGUGGCGCAGUCACCACCUCCUCGCAGGGUGUGGCAGCUUCGGCUGUUAAAGUACCAAACGUUCAGAAAGAGAUCCAAAUCGGCGAAACGCGCACACUUUUCUAAACCGCCCCUUCAUUCCCGGAACUGGAAAUGGAGUUUCAUCACAGUGUUUGGUAAUCUGGCCAUGAUUGUUUCCACUUCCUAUUUCAAGCAACUUCACACUCCGACCAACUUCCUGAUCCUCUCCAUGGCAGUCACUGACUUCCUGCUGGGCCUCACCAUGAUGCCAUACAGUAUGGUCAGAUCAGUGGAGAAUUGUUGGUAUUUUGGCCUUGCAUUUUGCAAGAUCCAUUAUAGUUUUGACUUGAUGCUUAGCCUAACAUCCAUUUUCCAUCUUUACUCAAUAGCCAUUGAUAGAUUUUAUGCUAUCUGUUACCCUUUAAGAUAUUCCACCAAAAUGACCAUUCCAGUUAUUAGAGGGUUGGUACUUCUGUGCUGGUCAGUUCCUGGAGUCUUUGCAUAUGGGGUGGUUUUCUCGGGAGCCUACGCUGAUGGGAUAGAGGGCUAUGAUGCCUAACUUGCUUGUUCCAGCUCCUGCCCGGUGAUGUUCAACAAGCUCUGGGGGACAACCUUGUUUAUGGCAGGCUUCUUCACUCCUGCGUCUGUGAUGGUGGCGAUUUACAGUAAAAUUUUUGCUGUAUCCAGAAAGCAUGCUGUUGCAAUUAAUAACUUGUCAGAAAAUCGAAAUAGUCAAAUGAGGAAAGACAAAAAAGCAGCCAAAACUUUAGGAAUAGUGAUGGGUGUCUUUUUAUUAUGUUGGUUUCCCUGUUUUUUGAUUUUACUGGAUCCCUUUUUGAACUUCUCUACUCCUGCAGUGUUAUUUGAUGCCUUGACAUGGUUUGCCUAUUUUAAUUCCGCAUGUGAUCCCUUAAUAUAUGGUUUCUUUUAUCCCUGGUUUCGCAGAGCACUUAUGUGCAUUUUGCUAGGUAAAAUUUUGAGCUCACAUUUCCAGAAUACCAAUUUGUUCACUCAGAAAGAAACUGGAUAG